GCGCGUUGUUAUAAAUCUCAUCACUCGCAGUCCUGCCGUGCUUGGUGAAAAACCCGCGAGUUUCAAUUGUUAAUUUUCCAUUGCUAAUUGAUUUACUAGUUCAAAAUCGUUUCGAUAUUGUUUUGAUUGAUAUAAGUGAUUCAGUUCAUUCAAACUGGGCCAAUGUAUGGACAAAACGAUCGCCGAGAAAGUUCAAGUUGCUAAGUACUGAUUGGCUAUCACCGUAUUAAUAACUAUAUACAACUAUAUACCUACCAGAUUAUACUUCAGUAAACAUGAAGUUUUUCGUCUGUCUCCUGUCGAUAGUAGUUCUUAUAAGUAAUAUAGGCAACGCUGUGGCCCGGGCGAAGAGCAGCAAGAUGCCGACCCAGCCCAUCAAGCUGUAUUAUCUGCCCCCCUCUCCCCCCUGCAGAGCGGUGAUAAUGACAGCCAGGGCCCUUGGGAUAGAGCUGGAACUGUCUGUCACUAACUUGAUGGAGGGCGAACAUCUAUCACCGGAGUACGUCAAGAUGAACCCACAACACACUAUCCCAACAAUGGAUGACAGUGGAUUUAUUUUGUGGGAAAGUCGUGCCAUCAUGACAUACUUCGUGAACGCGUACGGGCGCGAUGACGCACUCUACCCCAAAAACCCUCGUCUGAGAGCAGUGGUAGACCAGCGGCUCCAGUUCGACCUGUCCACACUCUCCAUGAGAUACAGCAACCUUUACGGUCCCAUGAUUUUUAAGGGUGUACCUAUGGAUGAAGAGAAAGCAAUCAAACUGAACGAAGCUAUCGAUUGGCUGAACACCAUGUUGGAUGGCAAGGCUUUCGUCGCUGGAGACAACUUGACACUCGCUGAUAUAUCCAUGAUUGUCACAUUCACUAAUUUGGAGGCCUUCGAAUACGACUUCAGCAAAUACGAGAAUGUGGUGAAAUGGUUCGGGAACACGAAAAAAGCCCUAGCACCAUACGGCUAUGAAGAAAUAGACGUUGCUGGUGCACAAAUGCUGGCUCAGUUCCUGAAGAGCCAUGCUAGUUAAGGAUAUAAUUAAAAUAUGUAAUGAAUAUUCUUUCUGUUAAAUCAUUUGGUCUAAUAAAUCGAAUUAUUAUGAAUUAAA